AUGCGCAUUUUGAAGAACUUCUACGGAAGCACCACGGCUCCUAGGAACCUGUGGGAGAAUGUUGACAAGAGCCUCCGUGACUUGGGAGCUGUGUCCAUUCAGGGCGAUGCCUGUUUCUGGAUUUGGUUUGUGGACAAUGAAGCCUACAACCCUGUCACGGAUCCUGAGCACUUCAAGCUGCGACCCCUCGGUUUCAUGGCUGGACAUGUGGAUGAUUUUCACCGUGCUGGCGAUGUCAAGGACAGUCGUUGGACACAGAUAAAAGCAGCCAUUGACAAACAAUAUCGUUGGGGCACAGCAAAGCAGAACAGCUACCGCCAUGCAGGUACAGAUUUGUCCAUGCAGAAGGACGCUAAGUUUGGGAGAUGUCUUGUGGUGGAUCAACAGUUUUACAUUGAAAUGUUGCAGGACGUUGAUGUGCAUCCCACUCGGUUCAGCAACGGAUCAUCCACCAUGACUCCCAAGGAGAUUGCGGCCUGUCGGACAUCACUUGGUGCCUUGCAGUGGUUGGCGGUCCAGUCACAACCGCUCAUCACUGCUCGCUGCAAUUUGCUCAUUACUGAGCUUUCCACGGAUCCCAAGAUCCAGAUUGCCCAGGAGCUACAAGAGAUGAUUCGGGAGCUGCGCAAAGAAGGGUCAACAUUGAAGUUUUUCAAGUUGCCUGGCGUUCGUCGUUGGACGGAUUUGUGUGUGGUUGGCCUGGGGGACCAGGCACACAACAACAGACCCCGUGGAGGGUCGACGGGAGGCAUGACAGUUUUCCUGUCAGGCCCUAACGCUCUCAAGGGCGUCCCAACACCAAUGUGUUUGGUGGCUUGGCGCAGCUGGAAGCUGAAACGGGUGGCGAUCGGCACCAACGAUGCCGAAAUGCAGGCGAUUGUUGAAACAGAGGAUGUGGUCUAUAGAACCAGACUGCUAUGGGCAGGCAUGCACGGCACCGGCUCCAUCUUCAAGGGCCGGGAUUUGCUGAGUCUCGCGGACUCUCAGGGGAUGUUGCACUUCGCCCAAGAGACUGGCGAUGUGGAUGCUGCCGGCAUUGUGGAUGCGCUCACAAGGAUGCUGGAGUACCAUUCCUGGAUCGACUACAUCUUUGGCCUGAAGCGCAGCCCAGAGGUGCAAGAGCUCUUAAGCGAUCAGUGGUACAAGCCUGGCUGGGACAAGAUCGGUGAGAGCGAGGUGAAUUGGUCCGUGAAAGAUUGGGAGCAAUGGACCAACCAGGAGUGGGAAGCGUGGUGGUCGACCCGGAAGGAGUGGUCGGAUGAAGAGUGGGAGCAGUGGUACCAGGACCAGAACGAUUGGAGGCGAAGCUGGUGGGACGACAAAUCCGAAGAGUGGGCCGACAAGACCUGGGGUGGCUACGGUGCAGGUUAUGCACCACCACCGCCGCCCCCCUGA